CACACAAUGACAUUCUAGACGAUUCUGUGCUUCCAACUUUGUGGCAACAGUUUGGGGAAAGCCCUUUCUUGUUUCAUCAUGACAAUGCCCUCGUGCACAAAGUGAAGUCCAUGCAGAAAUGGGUAAUCGAGAUUGGUGUGCAGGAACUUGACUGGCCUGCACAGAGCCCUGACCUCAACCCCAUAAAACACUUUUGAAAUGAAUUGGAAUGCUGACUGCGAGCCAGGCCUAAUUGUCCAAAAUCAGAUGAUGAUGAUGAUUUUGAUUUUGGAAUGAGAUGUUUGACAAGCAGAUGUCCACAUACUUCUGGUCAUGUAAUGUAUGGUGAUUGUAAAGACAUUGUGUUUUGAGUUCAACAAGGAUCGUUGAGAAAUAACAAUUAGACCUACCAAAAGCUGAGAACCUCUCCUCUUUGAUAGGGACAACUCGUUGCUUCCAAAGAUGUUGAUUUCUGCAAUUGCAUAUUGAAAUGUUAUACAAUCACAAGGGCGGAGAGUGAGUGAGAAAGGCUCACUCAUUACAGCAGCUGGUCUCAGCAAGGCAAGCACAGCUGAAGGACAUACACUUCUAUAAAAGGCAUCAUGAGGAAAAUGCACUUUUACUGUUUUACAAAUUCAUGGUUUUAUCCUCCCAGUAAAUAGGAUGUUUUGAUUGAGGGGGCCAGGUAGAAUGAGUAGCUUGCACCAGUGCAACCAAUAUUUUUUUAAACUCGCACAGCCAAGUCAAGGGGUUGCAAAAUGCGACUAAAGGGUUGCAAAAUGCGACUAAAGGGUUGCAGUCUGGGGCUAUUCAUCGAACACCUUGCGAGAGUUCAUUUGACGCGUUUAGUCAAAUGCAAACAACAACAAAAUGUACUCUGUUUAUGUAAAUUAGACUUGCUUACAGAACAGCUAGUUGAUAUCCAACCAGCAACUGAUGCGGAGGUUGUGUCAAGUGCUCCCACACAGACAAGGUAUGAGUUUUCUUGUAAUGAGUGCCAUUCACUGUGUCUUCAUCAAACUGAACUAUGAAUACUCAAAAUACUCCGUUCCAUUUUAGGAUGACGCCGUGCUUGAGGAAGACACCUCAUGUCUUGGAGUGGCUAUACGUCUCAUUGAAGACUGUAUGGUUAUGUCAUCACAGCUGAUUGGAUGGGUGUCAGCCAAAUCCACACAGGGGCAAAUGCACUCAUGUUGUUUGUUGAUUUAAAUUAUCGUUGUAAAUACCCUUUUACAGUUGUGUCGACAGACCAUGUGCUGAGAUGAAGAAAGCUACCUAAUGCAGAUGUUGUAUCAAGUGCGCCCCCCACAGGACAAUGCAAGGACAUUUGAAGUAGUAACCUAGAGAGGGAGUUGUUGUAUAAAUAUAUGCUCAUUGGUUGGAACACAUGUGAUAUUCUGUUCAUUUAUAGGAUGAUCUACCCGGGGAAUCAACAUCUAGUCCGUCUGCAUGUAGUGAGAAUAUGAAACCUUUUGGUUCAUUUCAGGCUGUUGUAUUUCUGUGUACGUAUUGACAACAAUGUAAAUGUUGCUGUGUCCAGAGAACAGGGAGCAGAGACUCAAGAGGUAACCAAUGUGGAGGUUACAUCCAGUGCUUCCACACAGGACAAGGAGGAUCUACUCUGUACUAGAGAAGAUUGUUUCGGUAUGUGAUCAUGACAAAUCAGACUUCCAACACAGCCAUCUGCAGACGUGGUCAGACGACUCCUCGAUUGUGGGGCGCAUUCCACUGUAUUGCACAUUUAUUUGCCAACGUGAAUUGUCAGGGCUAAUAUCUUUGUGUUGUAGAGUGCGCGGGAACAGUUUGCUGAGAUUGAAGAGAAAAGCCGGUAUGAAGAUUGUGUCCCGUGCUCCUACACAGGACACGGUAACAGAGCUGUAGAGUUAAGCUAGAGCGGUGCAUCUUCACGUUGUCUGCAUCGUGCAAGCUUCGAACGACACCAAUGGUAUUGUAAUCCAUGGGAGCCUGAUGUGCUGCUUGAGGAAGAGACGCCGUCUCCUGGCGAACACACGGCACCACGUACUCUAUGUUGUGGCUUUAAAUGGGUUACAGAGUUGAUGUUUAAGUUAAUUCAUUGAGCUGUAUCUGAAGAUAUUUUCCUGACAGUUAUUUACAUAUGGAAUUGUAUUAGAAUUUGUGCUUUGGAGAUUGGAGUGGUUGAUGACUGGAAAGUGGCUGAGAUCGUCAGUUUCCUACAGGAGGAGGUUCAGAGCAGCGCGACAAAUGACAAGAUCGUGCAACCAACAGAACGAGAGCAAACCAUGGAACAAGUCAUGCUCCUCCGAUGAAAUGAAAACAAAAAGACCCAACAUGCCCUCUGCUGCAGCACUGCAUACAGCCAGCCAGAAGGAACAAAACUGUCUAUUCUGUGACAGUGCAGACCACAAAUCAGAAAACUGUCCUGGCCACAAUAUUGCUACACGCAAAGAGAAACUAAAGAAAAUUGGAAGAUGCUUUGUAUGUUUAGGACAGAAACACAUAGCAAAAUUCUGUAAAGUCAAAGAUGUGCCAUGUGCAACAUGUGGAAGCAGACAUCACAUUGCUGUGUGUACCGGUAAGAGGAGUGAGGUGCAACCCCCUACUGUUUCUGAAGAUGCUGUUGUUUCCUCAGUUAUUCCCCAUUCGGUGAAGAUGAAACCAGAUGGACAGAACACUGUGUUGCUACAAACGGCAAAGGCAUGGGUAGAAGGCCCAUCGGGCAGGAAGAUAGCUCGUUGUUUACUAGAUGGAGGCAGUCACAUUGUCUGCUUCAUACAUGAAACCCUUGUGAAGGGCUUGAAGCUACCAGUAAUCAGACAAGAGGCACUCACUCUUCACACGUUUGGCUCCUCUGCUCCAGCAACGUCCCAACGCAACACAGCGAAAGUCAUCUUGGAAAAUGUCUGGGACAAACAGCAGAGAAUAGAGAUAGAGGCAAUUGAAACCCCACAAGUGUGCACAGCUGUGAUGAAGGUUCCUGGUGAACAAAUUCAACAUGAGCUCAAUAGAAGGGGACUGCAGCUUGCAGACUUUCCAGGAGAUGACAAUGAUCCUGAACUCUCUGUCCUGAUAGGAGCAGACUACUACUGGCAGAUAGUAUCAGGCAGAGUGGAGCGACUGACGGAGACGCUGGUUGCUUUAGAGAGCACCUUUGGAUGCCGAGGCAACCUGUUGCCGAGGCAACCUGUAUGUUCAUCCCACUUGAUGAAGACACACUAGUCUCCAAACAACUGCAUGCAUUCUGGGAGCUUGAGUCUCUGGGUAUUAUAAGCGAGAAACCACAGAACCCAGAGGAAAACGAGGCUCUACAGAGGUUCGAGGAAACAACCACCUUCAAAGAUGGGCGAUACCACGUGGAGUUGCCAUGGAAACGAGAAAUGCCAGAACUCCAAGACAACUAUAGAAUCGCCAAGAAGCGGCGAGGUCUGAAGAAAAGACUGAAGAAGGAUGUGACGUUGUACAGCAGAUACAAUGAAGUAGUAGAGGACUACUUACAACAGGAUAUGGCAGAGGACGUGUCUAAGGACAACGCAUCAAGUGCAGACAACGUAAAAACGUAUGUGAUCAUACGGUAUAUACAAUAAUACUGUCUGAUAACACAGGCCAAUGAAGUAAGGAUAUUAUUUUUCUUGAUUGAGCAGGAAUUUCUGCAUUUCUGACAUACAUCAUUGAAAAUGUAUCUACCAUUUAAACCAAAGGUAAUAUAUUAUAUUGCAAAAAUAGCCAAGUGACUGCUCUAACAAUGGAAAUACGGUGAGCGCCAAAAAUAUUGGGACAAAUUCACCAAUUAAAUGUAUUGAAGUAGUCAAAUGUUUUGUAUUUGGUCCCAUAUUCCUAGCUUGCAAUGAUUAGAUCAAGCUUGUGAAUCUACAAAGUUGUUGGAUGCAUUUGCUGUUAGUUGGGGUUGUGUUUCAGACUAUUUUGUGCCCAAUAGAAAUGAAUGGUAAAUAAUAUAUUGUGUCAUAUUGGAGUCACUUUUUUGUAAAUAAGAAUAUGAUAUGUCUUUAAACACUUCCACAUGAAUGUGGAUGCUGCCAUGAUUGCGGAUACUCCUGAAUGCAUCGUGAAUACUGAUGAGUGAGAAAGAGGCAUAAAUAUCACCCCCCCCCCCCCCCCCCCCAC